CCCUCUGUAUUUCGCCACCUCUCUUGAGGGCCGCCGCCAGCCUCGCAGCUCCGUUAUCGGACCCCAGACGCUGGCCUGCUAGUUAGCAAACAAGCUAACGAUUUGCUAUAUUUUACCCAUGUCCUCUGAAGAAGCGUUGAGCUCAACGAUCACGGAUUGGAUUUUCAUCAAUUCCUGGUGGCUUCUUCUGCCGUUCAUCAUGCUCCUCGUAGUUGCUGCCUUCAUCGUUGCCUUUGUGCUGUUGUUAUACAUGAUAUCGCCUCUUAUAAGCCCCAAACCUCUGAAACUCAACGGGGCCCACGUCGUGGUGACAGGAGGCUCAAGUGGGAUCGGUAAAAGUAUUGCAGUUGAGUGCUACAAGCAAGGAGCAUUCAUCACUUUGGUGGCACGGGAUGAGGCAAAAUUGCUUCAAGCGAAGAAAGAGGUGGAGAAAUUUGCCAUCAAUGAUAAACAGGUGGUUCUCUGCAUAUCAGUGGAUGUUUCCAGUGAUUACAGCCAGGUGGAAAGUGUGAUAAAACAGGCCCAAGAGAAGCUUGGACCAGUUGAUAUGUUGGUGAACUGCGCUGGAACUUCCAUUUCUGCGAAGUUUGAGGAAAUGGAAGUGGAUCGUUUCAAAAAACUGAUGGAAGUGAACUACUUGGGCAGCGUUUACCCGACACGAGCCGUCAUCACCACAAUGAAGGAGAGGAGAAUGGGCCGCAUCAUGUUUGUGUCCUCCCAAGCAGGCCAGGUUGGCCUGUUUGGAUACACCGCUUACUCUCCAUCCAAGUUUGCCCUGCGUGGCUUAGCAGAGUCGCUGCAGAUGGAGAUAAAGCCAUACAAUAUCUAUGUGACUGUGGCCUACCCCCCUGAUACUGACACUCCAGGAUUGGCUGAAGAAAACAAGACAAAGCCUCUCGAGACCAAGUUAAUCUCUGAAACAUCUGGCGUUUGCCAACCAGACCAAGUGGCCAAAAUCAUUGUUCGGGAUGCAGUGCAGGGGAACUUCAACAGCUCUGUGGGACCUGAUGGUUACAUGCUGUCAGCCCUCACCUGUGGAAUGUCACCUGUCACCUCCAUCACAGAAGGUCUCCAACAGAUUGUUACCAUGGGAUUAUUUCGGACCAUCGCCCUCUUCUACCUGGGAAGUUUUGACAGCAUUGUGCGCCGCUGCAUGAUUCAGAGGGAGCAGUCGAAAGCAGCUGACAAGAGAGAGUAACAGCAGCCUUAACCUGCUACACACAGUCCAAUGCCCCUUCACCUCCACCCUUAACCCUUUCUCACAAUCCUUUCCUCUCCUUCAACUGUUCUGGUGCACAACCGUAGACUGAAAACAGUGACAGACGUUUACUCUUUUCUUGUCCUGUGAUUUAAAUUUUCAAUAGAUUCCAUGAUUAUUUUGACAUUCCCUCUCAGAGCAUUUCACUUGAUAUGUCCACCUGCUUCUUGUUGUGGGAGCAGGCCUACUAGAAUAGAGAGAAGGCAGACUGAACAUCCCACAGACUUGUUUUAAAGUAGGAAGGUGUUUUUUUUAUGUAGAGGGUGUACCUACCUCUACACGCAGAGUGCAGUGUUGUUGUUUGUUGUGUUGUUGAUUUUGUCAUGGACAAGAGAAGCAGCAGAAAGCCUGUCUGACCGGUUGUGCCAAAUAUGGCUUGAAGUUCCUUCUCACCUGGGGCUGAACUGGAAACCAGAAUGGUAACUCAGCUUUUGUCAUAUUGUUACAUGUACUUAAAUACUAAGUCCACCUUAAAAGAAUGUCACUGAAUAAGGCCCCUUCCUUUCUAACUUUUCAUACCACAAGUCUUUGCGGGCAAAGCACCUUCCUGUUUGACUGAGUGGCCUCUGUGUUUGCAACGUGUUUUGUUUAUGGUGUGGGUUGUUUCGAUAUUGUAGUGUGUGUGUAUGUGUGUGUGUUAACCAAGUCAAGAUGUGAUACAACAGUACUCUUCAGUGAUAAGUGAGCGAUAGAGAAAGCAUGUUUGUGAUGGAAGUUUUGCAAUUGUGGGGGAAAAAAAAAAAAAAAGAUUUCACAAGAUGAUAUUCAAAAACGUUUGAUGCACUGUGGGGGUCAAUGAGGUUUGGUUGCCCUGUGUGCAACAACUGUGCGUGUGCGUCUGUGUUUGCUGUGACUGAGCCAAUCCCUUGGGAGAAAAAAAAGCCAUUCGAUUUUAUAGUCUUGGGAACAAAAACACCAAAUGAUUUCCUCAUAAUCCCAUUUUAUUCCAAUAAGAAAGAAAAGCAGGUACUAUGGGUUCGAAGCCAUGAUGGGAAAACAUGAGUGAAAUAAAACGACACAGGUAGUUCCACUUCAAACCUGUGAAUUUGACCAAGUUCAAAUACUUGAAAGAAAGCGUAUCGUUUUGCAUGCAGUUUCACGUGUCAGUGACCACCCCAGUCAAGAUCCAAAUGGGAUCCAAAAUCUGUCGGGUAGUGUAAGUCGGGGCAGGGCAGGGCAGGGCUCGCUGGUUCGAGUCAUGUCCCUAAAGGUCUAGUGAGGGCGCUAGAGAUUUGUUUUAAAUAAAGGCCAAAACAAAAGAGGGACUGGUGCGCUUGUGACCUGCUGUCAUCCUGGCAUGCACAGUCAGGACUUUGUAGCUCCCUCGUGACAUUUUUUGAAAUCCCUCCUGAUGUCGUUCAAGCCUUGAAAAGUCUUGUAUCAGUCGUAUUUUUUCAUUGAGAGGUAGAAAAGUACAGUGUUGACUUUUGCAAGUCUUCCUUUGGUCCAUCGCAAACGGGGAGAAUGUACUUUAUUACAAAGCGUACAAAUCAGAACAGAGGAAUAUUAUUUUUUAAAUACGCCAAUAUUUGAAUGCCAAAACGUGUUAUGACAAUUUCUGUGGAUGCAAUGCAUUUCUUUGAGAUUUCCUUCAAUGUUGCUGCUCCAGUGAUCUCAUCGUUAGUGUUUGUUGAAGCUGUGGAGCAGUGUGGGGACCCAUCUCUCAGCCUUAAGACGUGACUACUGAUGAAGCUAAUGCUACAGGUAUGGACCUGUCCACAGAAAAAUGUGGCUUAAUCCACAUGUUGUUUACUAGUUCAUUUAAUUCUUAGUCUUUUCAAGUUUUCAGUGUAAAAUGCCAGCUGUUCUUCUUGUGUAUUUUGUCAUUUUCCAGUCUUUGUAUGACAAGAAGAAGCCUUACUGUUAUCCAAAAUAUGAAAGUGAGAAUGGAUGACUCGUGUUUGAAGAUGUUCUCAUUUGAUAUUGGUUAAAGGCACUCUCUCCUGCACUCAAGAGCUUUUCCUAAUUGUACAUUUAUUGUCAUCAAAUGUUUUAUCUUGAGGUAGCAACACGUACAGUAGGUAAUAGAAUAUGUAGCCCAUAUUAAAGCAGUUCUGUUCUAACAGUUUUGAUUUCAUCUUUGAGCUAUGCAAAUGAAGCCUAUGCUUACAGUUUGUCGGAACAUGACGUCGAGUUAUAUAAGUUCUGUAAUGGUCACGCUAUUUCCCCUGAUUAAAGGUGUCUUCAUCAGAUAUGUAAGUUCUCACGUAUUGAACAUGAACGUCAUAUUUACUCUUUU